AGCCCUAACUGUCAAGGUUAGAUUGAUGUUAACAUUCCCUGAUUUAUCACUAGAAAAGAAGUUAUGACAAAGCAAGAGUGGAAAAACAGAACGGCUGUUACGGAGUUCAUCCUCCUGGGGUUUGGGAAUGGCCCUGAAGUGGAUUCUCUUCUCUUCCUGGUAUUUCUGUCAAUCUACGCUGUGACCAUAGCUGGAAACACCUUCAUCAUUGUGCUGGUGAUGACGGAUCGGCACCUUCACACACCAAUGUACUUCCUCCUGGGCAACCUGGCCUGCUUGGAAAUCUGCUACAGCACCAAUAUUUUGCCAAGGAUGCUGCUCAGCUAUCUGGGUGGAGACAGAAGCAUUUCAGUCCACGGGUGUUUCACACAAUACUAUUUCUUUGGCUGCUUGGCAGCUGCGGAGUGCUACCUGCUGUCAGCGAUGUCCUACGACAGGUACCUGGCGGUGUGCGAACCCCUGCGCUACGCGUCCCGCAUGGACAACAAGCUCUGUCUCCAGCUGGGUGCCGCCUCCUGGGUGAGCGGCUUUCUGUCCAAUUCUAUACUCACAUUCCUGAUCUCAAACUUAGAUUUCUGUGGGCCUAACGAAAUUGAGCAUUUCUUCUGCGACUCGUUCCCGAUGAUAAGGCUGUCCUGCAGUGACACCCGUGUGGCGGGACUUGUCACUUCUCUCGUGGCGGCUGUGUGCUCGCUGCCGCCGUUUCUGCUGACGUUCUCAUCCUAUCUCUACAUCAUUGCCACAGUCAUGAGAAUUCCUUCUGCCACUGGAAGGAAAAAGGCCUUUUCCACUUGCUCCUCACACCUUAUUGUGGUGAUUCUUUUUUACUGGUCAAUAUUAACUGUCUAUGUACUUCCUCAUCAUGACACCCAAACAUCUCCAAACAAAGUCUUGUCUGUUUUUUAUACCAUUCUCACUCCCUUGGUCAAUCCUCUCAUCUACAGUCUGAGAAACAGAGAAGUAAAGGAAGCUCUGAGAAAACAGACAAGUAAAUUGAAGACUUUCAGAUGGCUGCUUUCUGUUAAAAAUGGGGGUAAUAAUCCUUAGUGAGUGAUAGGUCCAGAUACAAUUACAU